GGAGUCCCCUCUAUAUGGGGCCGAGCGAUAGCUUCAAGGACAGCGAAUGACCUACCGUGAACACCUGGCCAUGAUCGAUUUAUUGCGAUAGAAACCAGCGCCGUAUUCGCCAUGGAUGAUCUAUCGGGCCUCGAUUGGAGCGCAAACGCUUCGGGCAACAAGCCCAAGCCGAUGGCCGCCAACCCCUCGUAUCCCCCCUACCGAUCAUCGCCAUCUCCCUUUGGCACAGGGCAAAGCACGCCGCUGUCGGCCCAGCAGUCAAACAACUCGGUUCCCAAGGCGGCGCCAGCAAAGGUUGCGCAAGAUAGCUUCAGCAAUCUGAGCUUUGGCCUACCGAAAGCCACCCAGAAACUGUCAUUAGCCGAAAGACAAGCGCAGCUUGAAGCCGAGAAACGAAAGAAGGAAGAAGAGCGACGGAAGCUAGCAGAGGCACAGUUUGGAAAUGGACAACACUGGGAUGCUCUAGGAUCUCGAGGCUUCACGCCUAGUCCUGUCCCUCAACAGCAACAGCAAAAUCCUGCACCUGCGCCUGCCAAGAGCUCAGCCAAUGACGACGACGACCUCUUCGCCGCAUUCAACAGAGAUACAAAGGUGGACAACGCCAGCCAUUAUCCCCCACCGGCACCAAAUAAAGGCAAACUGGACUUGACAGACUCCUCAGCAUGGGGCUCAACAACAGCUUCUAAUGGCAACGGGGCUUUCGGAGGAGAUGAUGAUGACGACCCCUUCGGGCUACACGAGGUGAAGCCUGCUGCCUCAACUGGAGCUGGCCGGGGCACUUCCUCUGGCGCAGAUGAUUUCGAUUUUCUAGGGGACCUCGGGAGGCCUGUGGAUGAAAUUAGAAAGGAACAACAAGCAAAACAAGAAGCAUUGCGAAGCGAGCCAGGAAAGCCAAUCGAAGAUGACUCGAGCUCUUCCGACGAUGACGAACCCAUAGAACGAAAUAUCGAGCGAGUACACAGGGUGAAUAAAGAUCCCAAUAUCGAGCGAGUACCUAGGGUGAAUAAAGAUCCCUUCGACAAAGCUGUUGCGCAACUUGUUGAUUACGGAUUUACUCCCGAGCAGGCUCGACGAGGGCUUGUGGAGAGCGGAACAGGAUUCAAUGCACAGGCAGCGGCUAAUUGGCUCUUGGAUGAGGCUCAUAGGAAAUCAAAGGAGGCGUCACAAGCUCGGGGCUCUCAAGGGCGAGGCUCUCCUGCAUCAGGAGGCCAAAAUCAGCGAAGCGACAGUCGAUCGCCUGCAAGAGGAGGCGAGGUUGACUUUGCGAAAACAGCGGCUGCUAUGGGAAGCACCCUAUUCAAGUCUGCCAAUACUCUUUGGAAGACUGGGCAAAAGAAGAUGCAACAAGCAGUGGCGGAAUUCCAGCAGGAAGGACACGGAGACCCAAGCCAGCCGAAAUGGAUGCGCGAUGCUCAACAGGCACGAGCACAGCCGAGGCCUACCCAAGGCAGCUCCAACGCCACGGACGAGGCACUUAUGCUUGAGUCUGGUGGUAGGCCACAGCCUGCCAGGAGCAGCAGCAGCAGCCGUCCAGCCGUUGAAUCAAGAUCCGGGCCUCAGAUUUCACGAGGAUCAUCGCCCGCCCUAUCUUCAGGACCCCAAAGCCGAAAUAGCCCUGUUCCACGAUGGCAACAGCAAACGGCACCGCCGCCUAUGGUGUCGGAUGCAAGAUCAAGGCUGAACAGACUUACAGUAGACGAUGAUGACAGCUUCUCUAGCUAUGUAAGUGCUAGCAGGAGAAAGAAGGCAAGCCCGGCGCCAGAGCCAAAGACAUCUGAGCCUGAGCCGGAUCUACUGUUCGGCUCACAGGCGUCAAAACCAACGCAGCGAAACCCCUCCCCAGCAGUCCAGCGAUCAACACCAACAGCCCCAAGUCAACCUCGGCCAGCACCAGCGGUUGCGCCUCCGCGUAAGGCCACACCCAGACCUGCUCGACAAAUUCCUUCUAUCAGCCCUGCAGCACUGCAAGCAUCGACAACGCACAGGCUACAGGGAACUACGCAUUUUAAGCGAGGCGACUAUGCGGCGGCACAUGCGUCUUACUCUUCAUCUCUGUCGUCUGUUCCUACAACGCAUCCUCUAAUGAUUAUCCUGCUCACAAAUCGUGCAUUAACUGCCCUAAAGACUGGAGAGCCUAAACAAGCAGUGGCUGAUGCAGAUGAAGCGCUCAAAAUCAUUGGACCAGGGAACGGCCAAGGGGAAACAGUGGCUGUAAAGAAUGAGGCUGGGCAGGAAGAGAAUCGUGACAUGAAAGAGCUCUAUGGAAAGGCGCUAAGCAGGAAAGCAGAGGCCUUGGAGCAGAUGGAGAGAUGGGCAGACGCAGGCACAGUAUGGAAGCAAUGUGUUGAAGCUGGUGUUGGUGGAGCUACGGCUGUCAAGGGCCGUCAGCGAUGCCAGGACGCCCUUGCUCCUAAGCCCAAGCCUGCUCCAAGACCAGCAGCAAAGCCCCGGCCUCAGCCAUCAGCGGCCAGUCGAGCACCUCAGAAAGACUCUGAAGCAGUCACAAGGUUACGUGAAGCUAACCAGGCCGCUGCCAAAGAGGAUGACGAGAAGUUUGCUCUAGCAGACAAGGUAGACGCCAAGGUAUCUGCAUGGAGAGACGGGAAGAGAGAGAAUCUGCGGGCUUUGCUGGCUAGUAUGGAUUCGGUGCUCUGGGAGAAUAGCGGCUGGAAGAAGGUUGGGCUGCAUGAGCUGGUCAUGGCAAACAAGGUCAAGAUUUCGUACAUGAAGGCUAUUGCAAAGACCCACCCUGACAAGCUUCCGCAAGACGCAAGUACUGAGGUGAGACUCAUUGCUGGACUGGUGUUUAGCACUCUGAAUGAGAGCUGGGAUAAGUUCAAAGCAGACAAUGGGCUAUGAAGCGUCUCAUUUGAAAGCGAUUCUGUUUUUUUUUUUUUUUUUUUUUUU